UGGCCACCUCGCAUUGGUCGCCAUUAGAAUAUAUGAACAGAUGGAAGGAAGCAGGCAAUUGUCUCAUACUCUCAUAGAGGGUGCGAGCAAGGAAUCAGGCAUCGUACGGGGACAUGGGCGACGAUGCGAGGGCGCUGCGGCUGGCCGCCAUCGCGAGGAAGUGGCUGGAGGACCCCCGCGUCGGAUACUCCGGCGAUCUCAACCCCGCCGCCAGCGACAGCGAGCGGCAAGCGCUCAGCUCCAUGGCGAUGACCGGCGCGCGCGUCUCCCUCGCCGAGCCCGGCCGCGUGGUCUGCUCGCUCCGCGUGCGCGCCCCGCUCACCGACGCGGAGGGGAGGUGGCACGCCGGGGCGAUCGCGGCGGCGGUGGACAACGUGUGCUCGGCGGCGGUGUUCACGGUGGAGGGCGCGCCCACGGCCACCGUCCACUACAGCCUGUCCUACUUCUCGCCCGCCCAUCCCAACGAGGAGGUCGAGAUGGAGGGGCGAGUGGUGAGCCGGAAGGGGAAGCUGACGGCCGCGGCGGUGGAGGUGCGCAAGAAAGAGUCCGGCGAGCUGGUAGCAAUCGGGAGGCAGUGGAUGACACCUGCCUGGCCAACCAAGAGCAACAAAAGCAGCAAGCUCUGAAGUCUGAACAAAUGCUCCGGCAACGGCAUGCAUUGCACAGUAGGACCGUGAUGAAUGAAGCAAUCAGUAGGUCAGUACUAUGAACUCAGUCAAUAUUUACACGCUGCGGAUCGUGCCAGGAAAAAGAAAGUGCCGAUCGUAUUCUCCAUCCUAUGAUCAGUUCUAUGGCUCUGCAUCCAAGAACCUGCAGAAAACAACCAUCAGCCACCUGAAGACUGAGUUCGUGCAGUUGUUCAGUUCGUCCAGUUGUUCUACCUUGAUUGGCGCAUCGUCCAUAGGAGUGUAGAGCAGGCUGAGCAGCCGGUCAUGAACUUGCAGGGAGGAAAUCGGAUUCCUUCCCUAGGAUCCUCUUGUUGCCACUGCCCACUUGCCAGAUCGAUUUCCUGUCACCGACAACAGUGAGUGCUCUUUCGUUCGGUUCAUCCAUGCUAGUAGAUUUUUCUUGAAAUUGACGCAGUGCUUCUGAGCAUUUGAACAGCAAAUACAAGAAUACUGCUGUCGUUGCAGCCGCAGAAAAGCUUUGCCGUGCACGAGCGGCAUGGACCUCACGUACUUGUUGGGGUUCAGGAGCUUGCAACUGCAGACACAGAACAAAGCAAACGGCGUGUUGAGUUUUCUGAAGCUCUGAACAUACACAGCCAGCAUCUAUACUACCGAAGGAUCUUGUCGAUC